AGAGGAGCGGCCGAGGAAUUUCUGGGUGCAGAUAGGACCACUCCUCUCUCUGAAUAUGAUUUUCUCUCCUCUCUCCACAGUCGGAGCUUGGUGGUGAGGAGGGGGGAGGGUGGUCUUGCAGUCGACGAGAGGAAUAGGAGUUUAUUGAGGAGUAGCUGCAACGGGAGAAAAACGCAUGCAACUGAGCACCGUUGCCUUGCGGAUGAAAAGAAGAGAGAGAGAGAGGGGGAGAGAGAAAAAGAUCGCGCUUGGACGGCUGACCACUCUCUGCUGAGAAACUGCUGCUCCGUUUGUUUAACUUGUUGAUGCGACGAUAUUCUUCUGUUUUUCCUCUAUCGUCUGGCUGCAGUGUUCUCUUCCGAGGAUCGCUAUUUUGUAUUAAACUCGCCGUGGAUGCAGUUUAAAGAACAGCCUUCCCUAAGAUGCAAUUCGUCUCUGAACCAUAGCACUGUGAUAACCGGAGCAGGGUUAUAUUAAACACUGUAGGCCAGCAUGGCAGCAGGUGUAGCGGCGUGGCUCCCGUUCGCCCGAGCGGCGGCCAUAGGAUGGAUGCCCGUGGCGAGCACCCCUAUGCCUAUCCCCCCGCAAGAGAAGAAAAAGGGCAAGGACGGACUCAUCAUCCUCAACGUGAGUGGGACCAAGUUUCAGACGUGGAGAACCACUUUAGAGAGGUACCCGGACACUUUGCUGGGGAGCACUGAGAGAGACUUCUUUUUCCACGACGAAACAAACGAGUACUUUUUCGACCGUGACCCUGACAUCUUUAGACACAUCCUCAAUUUUUACCGCACGGGGAAACUACACUAUCCGCGCCAAGAAUGCAUAGCCGCGUACGACGAGGAGCUGGCUUUCUUUGGUAUUAUCGCCGAAAUCAUUGGGGACUGCUGUUAUGAGGAGUACAAGGACCGGCGGCGCGAAAACGCAGAGAGGCUCCAAGACGACGAGGAAAUGGACCAGAGCAAUGACGUCACGCCGGUGAACCUCACGCACCGGGAGUUCCUGUGGCGGGCUUUUGAAAACCCUCACACCAGCACCAUGGCGCUGGUCUUCUACUAUGUCACAGGCUUCUUCAUUGCCAUAUCAGUGAUGGCCAAUGUGGUUGAGACAGUUCCAUGUGGGGCGAUGCCCAACAGGGCAAAAGAGAUGUCUUGUGGAGACCGUUACUCCCUGGCUUUCUUUUGUUUGGACACUGCCUGCGUCAUGAUAUUCACAGUUGAGUAUCUUCUCCGAUUGAUAGCAGCUCCCAGCAGGUACAAGUUCAUGAAAAGCGUGAUGAGCGUCAUCGAUGUGGUCGCCAUCAUGCCUUACUACAUCGGCCUGGUCAUGACGGAUAAUGACCAGGUGAGCGGUGCUUUCGUCACGCUGAGGGUCUUCCGGGUCUUUCGGAUUUUCAAGUUCUCCCGGCACUCUGCGGGGCUUCGCAUCCUGGGCUACACCUUGAAGAGCUGCGCCUCCGAGCUGGGCUUCCUACUAUUCUCCCUCACCAUGGCCAUCAUUAUCUUUGCAACGGUCAUGUUUUAUGCAGAAAAAGGUUCCACAGCCAGCAAGUUCACCAGUAUCCCCGCAGCGUUUUGGUACACCAUUGUCACCAUGACAACACUGGGGUACGGGGACAUGGUGCCAAAAACAAUCGUGGGCAAGGUGUUUGGGUCCAUAUGCUCUCUGAGUGGUGUGCUGGUCAUCGCCCUGCCUGUCCCUGUCAUCGUGUCAAACUUCAGCCGGAUCUAUCACCAAAGCCAGCGGGCGGAGAAGCGACGAGCCCAGAGGAAAUCUCGGCUUGCUAGAAUCCGUGCUGCGAAGAUUCGAGGCACUAAUGUCUAUAUGCGCUACAAACAAAACGGGCAGAUCAACUCACUGGAGGAGGUAACGGGACCAAACAGCGGCUUGAUUGACCGGGGCCUCGCUGAUGCUUGCAUGCCGCUCUGCUCGGGGGGGCCAUGCCACCACACACAGGGGGGGGGGGGCGUCUCAUGCUGCUGUCAUUCCAGCGCUUCAGUGUGA